UUAAAUUGAAUGGACGACGAUGGUGAUGGCCUCCAACGCUGGCGAUAGCAAGCGGCGCGACGCUACUGUCAUAGUGUCCUUGCGCUUCUCCGCCGGAAAUUUAAUCAUGACUCACCUCUAGUGUCCCAAACCACGAAAUGCCCUCGAGAGCUCAUCGCGAUUAUCAAAAAGGCUUUGCCGGAAAAAUAGGAUGGGGGCAGAGGCCGGCGCUGCUACUUGUCGAUGUUUGUAACGCCUACUGGAGCGACGCCAGUCCAUUGGACACCAAAUCGAACCCUGCGUCUGCGGCGGCGCCCGCGUCCAUCGCAAAACUCGUCGCUGCCGCACGCCAAGGCAAGGUGCCGUUGAUCUGGACGCGAGUCGAAUACACGGAACCAGACAUGUCGGAUGCAGGACUUUUCUACAGCAAAGUACCGCUACUGAAGCUGUUCCAGACCGGCUGCGGCAAUGGCCUUGAAAAAUGGAUUCCGGGACUAGAGCCUGCUGCUGGCGAAGUCGUUGUCUGCAAGCGUUACCCGUCCGCCUUCUUCGCGACCGACCUCGCUACACAGCUCCGGCUCUUCAACGUCGAUACUGUCAUAAUCUGUGGCGUCAGUACAAGUGGUUGUGUGCGCGCGACUGCUCUUGACGCGAUGUGUUAUGGGUUUCGACCGAUGGUCGUUGAAGAAGCAUGUGGUGACAAGUCCCCUGCUGUCCACGAUGCGAACAUUGCCGAUAUCAACGCGAAGAUGGCUGAUGUCGUUUUUGAGGAUGAGGCAAUCGAGAAACUGGAGGCUGGAUGGCAGUGAGUGUACUGCGCCGCCGAACCCGUCCCAAGGAGUGUAGCUCUGGCCGCUUUCUGCGAGUCAUUCGUAGUCGCUCACGGUCUGUUCAAGCUUGCCUCCGUGAUGGCGAGCGGGCACACCAAGAACGAUAUAUGGACAUAGCAAGCACCACAAGUCCAAAUGGUACAUAUACAAUUAUUGGGUAUACCUGCAACUCAAGCUAUGUAUAGACAUGACCAAACGACGCACGAUUUGUAGAACGUAAUCCCAGUAUCUGGCCUCAAGGGAGAGCCUGAAGCGUGGCACAGUGCCGACGAAGCCUCCCCACGACUGUCCACUCCUAGAGCGUAUUUACGCGUUUGCUAU